AUGGGUACGCCGAAGAAGUUGCCUUCUCAAUACGGUUACGAUGCCAAGAUGGACGAGACUGAUAGACGGUUCUGGAUGUUUUAUAUUCGGAAUUGGUGUCCCGGCCGUAGUGUAUUGGAAGAUACGAAUCUGUGGCUAAAGGAUUUCGCUCAAAUGCACAAAAGCGCUGGUGUUCGAUCAGCUAUCCAGAGUCUAGCCGGCAUUUACAUUCAUGAUUACUUGCCCUUCGAGUCUAUUCGCAAAAGAGUAAAUCAACGGUUUGCUGACGCUGAGGAGCGAUUUUCUCAGUUACUUGGCGAUCCCGCGACCGCCGAAAAUGAAGCACAAGUAAAUGAACUUAUUACCAUUGCUGCCAUCCUCUCUAUGCAAGACAUUGUCCUGACAGAACGCCGCCUAAAAAAUCUAUCUUCUCCUCGUUGGCUUCAAGGUUUCAGCCAGGCAGAACAGUUUCUCCAAGUAACUGAUCAUGGCUCGCGAUUUUGGAAGCCAUCAAACGUACAACCGUCAUCGUUGCGUAUUUCACAAUCCGUAAUUGUUGGCCGUGCAAUUAUCUUGGCCCAACCUAUGUCCCCAUUACCUCCUCCGGACAAGUUUAAUUGCCAAAAAGAGGCUUCCCGGUUCGGCUGGCUUCUCUAUGGCACAGAGGAAAAUAUGUACCAAAUUCAUGGCGGCUGUGGGUUUUCUAGGAAGCUGCUGCAUGUCCUGAGCCAGGUAACCUAUUGCGCUGCACGGCUGGAACAAGAGGCUGAGAGUCCUGUCAUACCAACAACGGCAAUUUACCUGCACACAGAGCUGCUCGAGAUGAGGCAAUGGAGCACUGAAUCGAUGAGUUGGAAUGAUGCAAAGUCAGGUCCAUCGGUGAUUGAAUUGGUUCACUGUUGGCCAGAGGGUUAUAAGAUCAAAACAAACGCAGAUAUGACGGAUGUCACCGCAGAAGCUUGGCGCAUUGCCGCCAUGAUUUACCUCCAAUGCCGCGUGUUUCGAUUGCCUAGAAACCACCCUGACAUCGUAUCAAAACUAAAUGAUCUUGCAAAAUGCAUUGCCAUCAUGCCUACAUCGGGAACACAAUUUACAGCCCAGGCUCCACUCUUCCCUGUUUUUUUGCUGGGAUUGCUGGCAACGGUGCCUGAACAUAAAGUCGUUUCGAGCAACUGGUUUGAUGAGGUUCUGCAAACGCCAGUUAGAAGUAGUGUCCCACCCCUGCACAACGCACUCCUGCAUACCUGGAUCUGGAUAGACAGAGAUAUUCCGGUAUCAUCACCACCUCACCUCGAAACAUAUCAACCAAUCUCUCUUCGACGGCCGUGGUGGGAGGAAUUAGUCACCCUGGUCCGACAGCAAGAACAAGAAGUGCUCUGCCUGACAUAA